UUCAGUAUUGUGAUUGAAUAUUCAUAUCCAGAUCUAAUCCGGAACACGCAUCGCACUGAAUUUUAAAGAGAAAAGCUCACGAAUGCAGAAGUUGUUGAAUACAUUCAUUCUAAACCUGCAGAAAUACUUCCUAUUUCCAGGAACAGAGCCGUCCCAUUGACCUGGAAGCGGAUGGGAUAUGUUGGGGGUGAUGACAUUUCAUAUAGCGUCGGUGGCUUGAAAACAUGGCUGAGAUUGAAGACAGAGAAGAUGUUACUGAAGAGAUGCCUGAAUUGUCUGAGGUGGGCGAUGAAGAAUGGUGUGACUGGGAUGAAGAAGAGCAGAUCAAGGGACAAGAACAGAUUCGUUGCCUGUUUUGUGAGAGAUUAUUCAGUUCAGCUGAAGAUACCUUUUCUCACUGUAAAGUGGACCAUCAAUUUGACAUGAGCCAAAUAGUUCACAAGCAUGGUCUCGAUUGUUAUGGGUUCAUCAGGCUUGUCAAUUUUAUUAGAAUCACAAAUCCCCCUGCAGAAUCUUUCAAAUCCAUAUUGGGUCCCGUCCCUUGGGAGAAUGAAGAAUAUAUGAAACCACCGUCCACAGAUGAUCCUUUACUCCAGUUUGAUGUCGAUGAGUUCUGGGAAAGUACAGAAACGCAAGCCUGUUUGGCAGAACCACUGGGUGAGGAGAGCUGGGACCGAGCAGCACAGCUUCAGCGAUUACGAGAAGCAGAGAGAAGAGCCAAGGAGGCUGAAGCAGCCAUGGAAAGGAUCAUGGGAGAUUUUGAGAAAAUGAGACAAUAUGCACAGGAUUUCGUGAUAAAUGCAGAUGCCAGAGCUGAAACAUCAAGCACAAACGCUAUAGCUAACCUGCAGGAGGAUGAGGACAGUGUCUAUUUCAGCUCUUAUGCGCAUUAUGGCAUACAUGAGGAAAUGUUAAAGGAUAAAGUGCGGACUGAGAGCUACAGGGAUUUCAUGUUCUGCAACCCCCAUAUUUUCAAGGAUAAGGUAGUUUUGGAUGUUGGAUGUGGAACUGGGAUCUUGUCCAUGUUUGCUGCCAAAGCAGGGGCCAAGCACGUGAUCGGAGUGGACCAAUCUGAGAUCAUUUACCAGGCCAUGGAUAUUGUAAGGGAAAAUGAACUGGAUAGUGUUAUCACGCUCAUUCGAGGAAGGAUUGAGGAUGUUGAACUUCCAGUUGCUAAAGUGGACAUUAUUAUUUCAGAGUGGAUGGGUUAUUUCCUGUUGUUUGAAUCGAUGCUGGACUCUGUCAUAAGUGCACGGGACAGGUACCUGAUGGAAGGUGGUGCAGUGUACCCUGAUAACUGCACUAUUAGCCUGACAGCAGUGGGUGACAGGAAGAAACACGAUGAACGAGUAGCUUUCUGGGAGGAUGUGUAUGGCUUUAAGAUGUCCUGUAUGAAGAAGGCAGUGAUCCCAGAAGCUGUGGUGGAAGUGAUAAAUGCUGACACCCUAAUUUCAGAGUCCUGCAUUGUCAAGGCGAUCGACUGCAACAAGGUCGGUAUUGCAGAUCUGGAUUUCACCUCGAAGUUCUCGCUGAAGAUAACGAAGGAUCAUGAAUGUGUGGCAAUUUCUGGACACUUUGAUAUUUUAUUCGAGAAGAAUUGCAGCAAUAAGGUCAUGUUCUCCACUGGCCCAAGAAGCACCGAAACACACUGGAAGCAAACUGUUUUCCUUCUUGAGCAGCCGGUCUCAGUGAGAAAAGGUGAUGUCUUACAAGGAAAGAUUUCCUGUGGCAAGAACAGAAAAGAUCCUCGGUCGCUGAUUGUAACAAUAUCAAUUAACAACAUGAAACAAACGUACAGUCUGCAGUGAGAGUUCUGUCCUUCAAUACCACAGGGUCUGCAUCCACGUAUUUGUUGUGUCAACAAAACAGGUCACUGCGGAUGCUGGAGAUCUAAAACAAACCAAACCAGAAAUUUCUGGCGAAACUCGGCAGCUCAGGCAGUACUUGUGGAGGGACAGUCAGAGCUAACACUUGGAGCCCAGUGACCCAUGUUCAGAAUAGUUCUGAAAAAGAGUCACUGGGUACAAAUUGUUAACUCUGUCUCUCUCGCCACAGAUGUUGCCAGACCUGCUGAGUUUCUCUAGCGUUCUCUGUGUCUGUAUUUGUCAUGUUAAAAUUGAGAAUUUUUGUUUCCCAAUAACUGUGAUAGUUGAAUAUCCCAAUUACCAUUGAAGGUUAUCUAAAUUAAAUAUAAUUAAUAAGUCCUGUCAUCAAUAAUACUUUUCAUGAAUAAAGUAAUUGAGUGCACUUGAAUCCAAUGGGUCUCUUUAUGACUAUCUGGAGGAGUAAUUUAAUUAUGUCAUAAAUAAUACACAAAUCUCAAUGUUGUUUUGGGACAUUUUCUUCUGAAUUAACUCUAAAGAUCCUUCACAUUUAGAUUGAACCCCCUGGAUCUGUCUACACCUGAUUGACCAGUGUUUAAAAAGUUUCCAAACAGGAAUAAAGUGUGAAUUCUGAUCUUUUCUGUAAGUUACAUCACAGAAACACUGUGACUUAGGAAUAGAAAACAGGUUUUGUUUUAGUUCACGGGUUUUGAGCUGUAUUCUAAGAAAGGGACAAUAAUGCAAUCAUGAACUACAAAUUUUAGCAAUGAUAUUGCCUGUGUAAUUUGUCUCUAGAGCAAGAGAUUAUAGAAGUAUCUAAAGUUACAGCAC